CGGCCUCCCGCGGGGCGGUGGGCCCCGGGCGCAGAGCGGCGGCGGCGGGGCGCUCUCGGAGCCCGCUCCGCCGGGCCAUGGCGAGCAGCGGCUCCGCGCCCGGGGGCUCGGGCUCGGGCUCGGGCUCGGGCACGGCGCUGCCCACCCGCUUCCAGGAGACCGAGAAGCUGCUGGCGGCGACCGAGGGCCGGGAGGAGAAGGGCCUCCGCGGCUCCAAAUCCUUCACGGCCGCCUUGCCUGGCGAGGCGGAGCGCAACGGGCACGGGCUCGCCUACAAGUCGGUGUCGGUGGGGCACCUGGAGGCGGCCCCGCUGUCGCCGUCGCGGCUCAGCCUGGGCAGAGCCUCCUCCACGGCCACCAGUACGGCGGCACCGGAGCAGGGCCGCCCGCGGGACUACCUGGUGCUCGCCAUCUUCUCCUGCUUCUGCCCCGUCUGGCCCAUCAACGUCGUGGCCCUCGUCUUCUCCAUCAUGUCGAGGAACAGUGGGCAGCAAGGGGACAUGGACGGAGCCCGGCGACUGGGACGCAUGGCCAGGCUGCUCAGCAUCGUCUCCAUUAUCCUGGGGACCAUCAUCAUCGUGCUCUACAUUUCACUUGGCAUCAGAGUUUCCUAGAAGACGUUUUAGCAUGCAAAUACCUCGAAGAGGAGGAAGACAACUUUCCUUUUGGGGUUUUUACUUUCAGCCUUGCAACAAAAAAUUGUCACAGUGUAGGUGGGCAGCCCUGGACAGCCUGCUCUGGAGCGCCGUCCGAAGGAACGCAUGCUUCUACUUCACCACCUCUUGGAAAUGAGUUGGUACAAGUGAUGGGCUAAAAAAACAUCGCAAGAAGGAAUGGGAAAGGACAUCAGACGCCAAGCGGAGAGGAGAAGGGGGAAAUCCACUACCUCAUUCCCCUCCAGCAAAACUCACGGAGCGGGGAGACAACUAAAGUGCAAGAGAAGGAGAGAGUUUCAAGAACGAAGCUUAUUUUAAAAGAAAAUAUUAAGGCAAGAACAGGACAUUUUGAGGAACCCUCCUAAGAAUUUUGGCACAAGUCACUGAAUUUUUGGGGGGUUGUUGGUUUUUAAAUCAUCAGAUUCUCUGUCUCUACAAAAAAACAAACAAAAAACAAACAAAAAACAAAACAAAAACAAAGCUCAAACUGCCAUCAGGAGCUGAGAGCUGUUCCAUGGAGGAGGAGGGAGAGCAGAGCUGCAGCAGGACCACGGCUCUGCUUCGAACAAAAUGCAGCCGCAAAAGCUGGAGGAUGUGGUGGGUGCUUUUGUAUUUUUGAUGAAAAAAAAAAAAAGAGACAAUGACCAUUUGCAUGCCUUUGGGAAUGUUCUCCAUGUCUGUUCCUAUGAGCUCUUUUAUCACUUAGGGCAGAUCUCAGAGCUGGCAGGGCAGGAUGUUGCUGCAUGAGAACCCCAGGCUCCUCCUCACCCCGAUUCCAUGGUGGGGUUUUUAAUGGAAGGAAAAAUAACGCUUUCUCUGUGAACCCGCCUGUUUCUCUCUCUGUGCACCCAAAGCGAGGUUAAUACUCAUGGCGCUGAGACAAGAGCCUGGUUGAUCUGUAGCAGCGGUACCAAGGCACGGAGAGCCCAUUCUACCCGCUUACACACACCUCACAUCACCUUCAUCACACAAAAGCUUCUGCGUGACCCCAUCGCUGUCAGUGCUCAUCUCCCCAGCCCUUCUGGGCUUCAGCUUGGGGCCUGCCAGGAGAUUUUCAGAGGCAUGGAGAAGUUUAAGACCCCGCUUCCCUCACACGCUCUUCUGCAUCUCUGAAAAUCUCCAGCAUCCCCAGAGCUGGCUGGGGUCAGUUCCACGAGUAGUAUUAUUUUUUAAUGUUUUGUAUUUAACAUAACAAGGAAAUAGACCUUGCUCCUCCUGAUCAGCCUAUAGGUACCCUGUGCCCCGCCACGUCUUCCACACCGCACAGCUCCCUUGGCUGUUUCCCGUGGGAUCCAAAUGCGACACACUCCCUUGAGCAUCCGUUCAGCCCCAUUCCUCCUUCCCCCUCACCCUGUCCUCACUGCGGAUUGUUACUGGGGCUGGUCUUCUACCCGGCCACCCAGACUAUGCAAAGUUUCAUUGCCUAUUAUUUUAUUCAGGCUUUGUAGAUGACUUCUGGCCAUAUCUAUUUGCUCCGUACUAGCUGAGCCUCUCUUUUACCAAAAUUUACCCAAACUUUGCGGGCACAAGUACAUGACCAAGAGUUGCACUCCAGAAAUCGGGACUGCGCUGAGAACCAAGGUGAUUCAGGGCACUCCUGCUCCCGACCAUCAAUCUCCUGAAAAAAAACAAAACCCAAACCUUAGACCAAAUCUAAUGCAUCUGAGGGCUUGUCUACAUGGAGAAUCUGCUGCACACCCUAAGAAUCUCCACAGCGUGGAAAUGGCUCGGCACUAAUUUCUCCGGACCGUGUGAGUGGGCACGUGCACGCGUGGGGUCAUUGUAAAUCCAUGCUGCAGUAACUCAGCGGUAACUAAGGUGCAAAGCCAUGGGCAUCACUGUGAGAAUUCUUGUCACCUGUUUCAUUGCUCCUCUUUAAAGUGUUUUCUUUUGCUAGACAUCAUUUGAAGCCAGGGGGUAAGAAAGACAAAAUCCCGUAGAUGCUCUUAAGAUUUUUCUCUACAUUAAAAAGGAUUCCAGGGGCUGAGGGCCAUAGCACAUCACUACAGCACUUUCCUGGGUUCCAUUCCCAUCCACCUCUUGGCCAGUGCUUUAUUACAAACUAUUGGCUUCAAAACUGGACCAAAUUCGUGACCUUUCUUUUGCAACUCGUUUUUUAUGAGCUUCAGCAAACAGGGGCCACCGAGCACUGCUGGGUGUGAGCUCCUACCCGCACCACCGCCAGCCUGCCUGCCAGCACCACAGCUCCUCAUCCCCAGCUCUCCAGAAACCCUCCUGGGAGUUUCAAACUCUUAUCUGACGGUUGAUGAAAUCCCAUCAAAUCCCCCAAACAAUUCCUUCUUUAAUGCUUGAACCUGAAAAGCUGCUUGCUGGAAAACGUGUUAUUUUUUCUGGGAUACACAAGGGCAGCACUGCCCGUCUGUGCAUCUUCUGCCCUUUGCUCUCCAAGCUGCCAAAAUUCAGCUUAUGGUAAGAGCUGAGCAAGCUCCUCCUUGGGCUGGAAGAGCCGGCAUUCAGGGAAAACUACCGCAAGGCAUUGUAGUACUUGAGAGCGCCAAGUAUUUAUUAAGUAAGAAUUUAAAUGCUCUUUUAUCAUUAUAUAAAGCCUUUUAUCUAAAGUGCUUUACCACAUUUAAAGGAUCAAACCCUGCCACCCCUGGGUUAGCAUUACGCUGCUCUAAUUGCACGGAGAGCAAAGUUACUCCGAGUCACACGCACCGUGCAGCCCCCAACAGAAACCUGGUUUUCUUUCUCCUCUUUAAUAGAACCACCUAUGAAUACAGGUUUCCUUUGAAUCUGAUUUUUCCAAAGGGAUCUAGGCAGACACACACUACACAUCCAAAUGGCCUGGGAUGCCUGCAGUCAUUGGAACAAGGGGGCUUUGCAAGGCUGCUCCAAUGGUCCUUGCCAGCAGUGCCGGCAGUCCCAGAGCAGUAGAGGUACCAGAACGCAGGAGAAGGCAGCAGCCUCGGGCUGCUGAGGCAACUGCUCCUCAUCUCACUAUUAAGUAUAAUAAAAAAUGAAGACACCUAAAUUCAUUUCCAAAUCUUUCUGAUUAGAUAAAAUUGUACCACGCUUUUGAAUACAGCUUUGAUUUUUUUUUUUUCUUAUGCUGCAUUUAAAUCCAGGGGAAAGCCUCUACAGUCAUGCCUGACAAAAUAUUUUCUCUCCUUGUAACCUGGCUCUCCAGUGCUAGAAAAAGGAUUUUUUUAUCUGGGUUAUCUGGGAAGUGGCUUCUCGCUCUUCUCUCCCAACUUCCCUGCACGCUGUGCAGCCUGAUGUUUUGCAAACGUUUUGCCACUAGAUCCUGGCUCUCCACAUCACACACGGCUUUAUCCCAGCUCAGCUGCCUGUUUGGCUUUUCCAGGUGCAUUAGCUUGGAUGGGGAAGGAGGACGUUGCUGAGCCCCCAACCCCUGACACACACCUCACCUGCGACUGUGUUACCAGGAGGUAAAUCCCGGCAGAACUUCAUCUGAGGCCACCAGCAGGCACGGUUCCUCCUCCACAUCUGGGGAACAGCAGCAUCCCUCGUGAUUUUUCCACUGGUUUAGCAUUCGCCUAAGUGCAACCACCUUUUUUCCCCAUCCAGGCACAUCCUCUCCUUCACUUUGUUUUUAGCACACAGGAGGGCGAUCACAAAAACUAUGUCAUGGAACAACUUUCCCUCUCUAUCCCCAUGAACAAGCCCCGUUACUUAUGUCACAGCUCUUUGCUACCUGCUGCAGCCUCCUCUAAGCACAUGCAUCAGAGUCACGUUUUCUGUGCUUGCAACUAUAACAAGUCACGAAAUCCUCAGGGUCUGGCCAACUUCUACCCCCCGGUGCAGGAGAGGCGAGGGAUCUGAGCGGUGCAGUGGCAGCCCAGCCUUACCUGACAGCAAAGUUGAGCUGGUAGGAGGAUAGCUUGCUGAAGAGAUGGAGAAGGUGGGAAACGUCUCUAAAUGUAAGUUGAAGUAGGAGUUACGAACGACAAGUGUGAGGUCCUGGUGGGAUAUAAAUACCCGGUGAGCAUCGCUCGGGAAAGAGCCGCCGAGCAGAGCGUGUGGCUGAUGGCGCCUUCUGGCACUGGUGUCCCUGGGCUCCUCUCCCCAGGGUCUGGGGGAGCGCCGGGCUCUGCCGGGUGGCACAGCAGAGCCCUCGCUGGGUACAAGCAGCAUUAGAUCAAAGGCUUAAGCUGAACAAGUGAGCUGCUGCCACCGAGCCAGCCAGCUCGCUCGGUUCCACACCAGCACCUCGCAGGAUGCGACCGCAGAACGGGGCUCAGGGCCACGUGCUGGGUGCUGCCCGCCCAGGUGCCUGUGGAGGAGACCGAAGGGAUCUGAACACAGAGGGAGGAAAGAAAGUGAGAAAAGAUGUCAGUUCAGAGUUUGCUGUGUUAACAGUGGGUUUGCUUCUUCUGGUCAGUAUUUCACUCCGCUCUGAUCUACCCUCCUCUCCCCAUCUUUGCCAGCCCAGCGUGCUUUCCCCUCAGUAUUGCCAUCCCGAGAGCAACCUGCGAGUCUCACACGUUCUUCCCUUCUACCCUCUGCUUUUCCUUUAAUCGGGUACAGGUCUUGUUGGCAAUGAAACGUCAUUGCUGCACUUCACUGAAAGGGUUUUUUGAGGGGUAGGGAAUGUGCUGCUCUAAGCCUCUGACUGGGGCUGCCUGCAGACCCCAGCACAUACAGUGCAGUAGUUACCUUUCCAAAUCCAGACUUCUCCAUGUAGACAAGGGGAACGGAUCCUGCCUUUUACAUAAAAUGAAAACUCUCUUUCCAUUUGGUCUGAGUCCAGGGAGAGGCUGCAGAAAUGCACCCACUGGGCUGGUCCCAUGACUUUUUCUCUUUUUUCCCUCCCUCUUGAUACCCCCAACCUUGCCCUAUCGCUUUGUUACUUAUCACAGAACCACAGCCAGGGCUGCACAGUCAAGCUGAAAUAAUUCCAGAUUUAACGUCCUUUUUCUUUCAGUUUACAUCCUUUAAUUUUGGCAAAGACAGGUUUGGACUGAACACUCCCAUGCUUGGACACAAGCCAAGGGUGGGGGGCGAAGCAGCCUUUUCAGAGUGGGAGUAUUUGUAAAGCAUUUGCUGACACCAGUAGGUAGAUAAAUUCAAACCUAUAAAUAACCGUCCAGCGUUAGAAAUAUCAGAAAGGGAACGUGUGCAGCAGGAUUCACCAAGGCAACCCUGCCACCACUUCAGGGCAGGUGCCCUCGAUAGAUGGUGCCCAGGACACAAUCCUCUGGGGACGUGCAGGGUCUAUCCUCCCCUCGCUGCAACCACCGUCCAUGCACCGGCUCCUCCUGCUUUGAAGCCAAACUGGAAGAGCCACGUUUCCCACACAGCAUGAACGCAUCAGGAAUUGCAGCUGGGUGCUUCUCUUUGCUGAUAAAUGUUUCUUUUUCUGCAGGAUGAUUAUAGUAUAUCUUAUAUACUUUCUUUGUAUUUCUUGGCAUGAGAAAAAAAUUAAAAUGUAACAUGCAUGGUCAAAGCUGAACUUGUUUCUUCUGUCUAAAUGAGAAAAAAAUAUUUGAACUACUCAUUUAACUACUGCUUCACACAAGGGCAGGUAGAUCAGCUGGUGUUUUGGGUGCAGCGGGUUGCAAAUAAUACAUAUAAACAAAAGGCAGAAGAAAAAACAGUGCAAGUCAGAGCAGAGAAAGGUCCGACAGAUCAGCUUUGUGCCGCAGAGACAAGCGGCACUGAGCCCCCCGGGAAGCACAGCUAUGGCGGGGGGUCUCCAGCUGGCCAUGCCAUGGGAAGGAGGAGAAAUCCUCCUUGCUUGCAGCGCACCAGGAUGGGAUGGGGAGCAGUUCCUGGGAACUGCUUCUUAUGGCUGGCCCUGCCGCCGCAGUUCGAUACUACGGUGCACAACCAAGUGCAAGAGAACAAAUUCCAAAUCUGCUCAAAACCAAAAACUAUCCAUCAAACCCACAGAUUUCAAGAAUGCACAGCAACGUUUGGUCUCCGCUCAAAAAACCUAAAGGCAAGCAGCUCCUGGGAAGCCAGUCCUUUUUAAAGUUUCUUAAGCCAAGGCUUGAAAAUUUUCCCAGGAGAAGUUUUUCCAACCAGACUGGAAGGCUGUUGGCCGUGUAUAACACACACCUUGGGUGCCUACCAGAGUUUAUUUCUGUGUAACUGCAUGCCAGUCAGUCAAAGCUACUGAUCCUUACUGAAGCUGAAGUGCACAACCACUUCAUUCAGCUGAAUCCUAACACCCUCCUCUCGCUGCGCUUCUCUGGCAUCCUCCGGGAAUGAAUGGCAACGCAACUUCCAACUCAGCUCGGCUUGGAGAGAAGACUUGCCAUAUCUGAGACUAAUUAGUUGUCUUACACAGCUCUCUGUAGCAAUACACUCAAGCUGUCCAGACUCCACCUCGGGGUAGGACUUACUGGAGGUAACACGGUCUUGCAGCUUCCCGAGGAUGACUCCUUCCCUCUCCUGGCAAGGCAGCACCCAGGAAGCAUGCACACGGGAGGUGGGUGCCACCGCCAGGAUCAAAAAUUAAGCUUUAUGGACCCAGAGCUGGUAUCGAGCACAGCGCUUCCACUCGCAUCCACGCCUAUGAUGGUAAAAAGAUGUAAAUUCUCUGCAAUGUUGGCAGCGCUGAGCCACCGGCACUGCCGCAGCACCCGGGCGGUGCGGGGCUCCGCUCCCUGGGGGCAGCUCACCCGAUGGAGCCCGCUGGGCCAGAACUUGGCAGCAAACACCGUGAUGAACCAGACUGAGCUGCUUGUGGUCACAUUUAGAAGACAGCUACACCUGUGUUGGCAAGGCAGCAGGGCGAACGGACUGGUCAAAAGCACCUCUGUGUUGCAAACCCAGAUCCCUUGGCCUCUGACGCGACGGAGCAAAGCUUUGGUCUACCUGUUGUUUCCAUAAGCAGCGUUACGAUAAACACCUCUUCUCUUUUCUGGAGGAUGCAAGCUGUAGGGGGUUUUGGGUGGUGAAAAAUCAACAAAUAGGAAACCUCUGCCAGGUACUGAAAGCCAGAGAGGAUGCAGAUUAAGUGUUCGUGAACUUAUGGCAAACAGAUCUGUUAUCCUCAUGUGCAUCUCAGAAAACAAUCAAAGGAACAGUAAUUAGUUCUAGUUCUGCCGUCACCCACAACACAAAGCCCAGCCCCUGGAAGCUGGGACUUGCCUCAGUACUGGAUCUGUCCCCAAGGUUUCCUCUGGCUCAGGCAGCACAGCACCAGUACCUCGCUGCCCGGGCUCCCAGUGCCACAGAGCGGCUCCGCAGCCCCAAACACCAGCAACAAGCUCAGCCUUCGUGUUUAUCCCACGGCCCUUCCCUCCCGCGGCUCUACCCACCCCUCACCUGGCUCUGCAGCUUGCCGGUGUGCUUUUAACAAAGCAUAUUUCUUUGGUGCAUCCAUUCCCCGUUGCUUCUGAAACAGCAAGUUUUAGCUAGAUCUGCUGGCUCUUACUCCUAAAUACCCUCCCUUUGUAACAGUACUUAAAUCAGUGUUCUAGAUGUUCAGUUUCCCAUGCUAGGGCUAGGAGAUGUGCUGCUCAAUCCUCUAAGAGCCACCAGCCAUGAACACUUACUCACAGCCACGCAGGUCCAACCUCACACCACACUACACCUACUCCCGUCUCAUGCCAAGGCUGGACCGUGUAUGAAGCCCAUGUUUUCCAGCAGCAGCAUCCCCUUGCUGCCUCUGCUCACCCAGAAGGGCAAGAGGCGUUACUGUCUGCACCAGGGCCCUGGGCAUCACAAUUGAGAACACAGGGGAGGUCCAAAGAGCCACCUUUAUUUGUCCUGAUGGAGAAGCAACAUGUGGAUGUUAAGAAAAUCCAGUGUAACUUACUUUCCACUGUUCAGCAAAGCAAAGGGGCUCAUGGCUGUGUUGGUGGUACCCAUGCAUAACAAAAGCCUGGGACAGAGUGGUCCCGGAGAGCUUUCGAGGAACAGAUGCAAUUUGCAUCUCAGCACAUGAUGUCUGAGGUUGCUUUAAGCCAUCUUUGGCCCUCUUCACGUAUUGCUUAAAGAAUUCAGCAGGCAAGAAGGCUGAGCAAGAAAGAACAACAGUUUUGUCAAGGAGGAGGAGAAUCUUACCUAAAAACAUCCACACCAUGGAGCGAUAUCCCUUUAGUGGUGAGAUUCCCCUUGGAGCAUCUCCAUCAUUUCACCAAAGCAGCUGGGCAGAUGCAAGUUUCAGACUUCCAAGACUGGAGCCGAUAGCCUCACUUCUGAUGUUUCGCUAAAGAGAUGGGAGUGCCAAGUGCUUUGGGCUCCUGUUUUAUUAAUACGCUGCUCUGAUGGGCUCAUGUAUAAUAGAUUUGCAAAGGAACAGCAAGAGGUUUACAUCCCAUUUCCAUGUUGCAUAUGUUUUCUAUUAAAUGCUAUAGGCUCUCUGUUCACCUCUUAAUGUUUGUCUUUGCAAUGUAUUUGCAUGAGCUUUGGGGUUUAAGUCAAGGAUGAAAAGUUGGUUACCAGUUCUUCAACUGGUUUCCAUCAUUUUGCUCCAGACAGGAGCUACAAAUUAAAAGCACACGGAACACGUUUCCAUUUUCUCUCUCACUCCUAACACUGGCUGCUGUUGAAGAGCGAGCAGCUAAGGGUUUCCUCUGGUACCCUCAAAGCCAUGGGCAGCAUCUUGGCAAGGUGUUUGUGAGGUGCCAGAGCCAGAGCCCUGGGCUGCUGCAGCCACCGCAGCCACACAGGCAGCAGCAUCGUGCAGCCGUAGUGGGGAAGCUCAGGGCUGCGGAACUGCAGCAGCAAAACCUUGUGAUGAGCAGCACACGAACGUGCCCAGCUCUGGUACAGCUCAUCCCGCUCCACAGAGAUGCAAGGGGCUUGUAAGCCUGAUGCUGGGCCAAAACCAGAACAGAUUGCACCCCAAACUUCUCCCUACUUGCAGGAUGGGCUCUUAGCUGUAGAGAUUAAAAGAUGACGUAUGGUGGACAUCUUCAAAAUCUGAAGUAGUUCAACAAACACACUCCUGGUAGGCUCCAGUAAAAGAGCAGAGAAAAACUGAGUCUGUCUUUGCAAGGGUGCUGAAAGCCUCCGUCUUGCUAUUUUCCUCCCCAGAACCAGCCUGCCCCUUUACAGACGAAGCCUUUUUUUUGCAGCACAACUCUGCACGUUGCCUCCAGUUCAAAGCUGUCACUGCUGCCCUGCAAACACAGAGCGACACAGCCAAGGCUCCCACAUCUACACAGCCAGACAUUUCAUCAGAGCUCUAGCUGAUCCCAUGUGGCACAAGGUAGACGUUUCUAUCACAUCUCAAACUCGUGGUUUUUUUUUUAAAUCAGGAAAGACAUAUCCGAUACAGUUUGUAGGGUGGUUCGGACUGACACAAGUGAAAAGCAGGAGAGCCUGGCUUGCACCGGUAAGCAUGAAUUGCACCAGCAGAUUAAGGCACUGCUCUAAAUGAGGACUUUUCCCUUAUGGUCCUUCCUGCUGAAUCCUUCAGAAGGUGAAAACUCCCAUCUUGCAACAUCUAGAAUACCUAGAAUAGAGUGAUGGGGAUUUCUGCAUGAGCUAAGCUACCUAGUUUAUUUGCUAAGAAAAACAAAAGCAAGCAAACCAAAAACCUGAUGGCCCUCAUUGUUUCCAGCUUAGCUGUAAUGUUAGAUGCUAUUCUUGGUGAAGAGCUGCCGAAUGCUUCUGAAGCUUCUGAAGUUGUUUGCUUUAAUAGCACACAGCAUGAAACAAAGCAAAGACAGGAAGUCUUCCCAGCAAAAUGCCUCCUUCUGCUGAGCUCGCUGUAUCUCGCUGCCUCUUGGAAAUGUUUAAUUAUAGGCUGCAGAUUCUAAAGCAUUUUCUUCCCAUUAUUUGGUCUCAGGUCCGAUUUCAUCAAACCUGUAUUUUAUACGCCUUCCCAGCAAGGAUCAAUGCAAACAGAUCACUCCAUUGCUUGCAGGUGGGUGAAAAAAACAGAACAGCACCUGACCCACCGCACUGUAAUUCCUUACUGGCCUAGGUACACAGCAAACCAUAAUAAAAUUAAAGGAAUGUUGAUAAGACUUGGUAUCUUUAGAGCUUUAAAGUGAUGCUCUAUCUUAACCUUGACUUUCGAUUGCAAAAUGUACAGUGGGUAGAAGCUGAAGUGCCCAACACAUGAGUUAGGAGCCGUUUGGUUCCCUGCCCGGGGGAUGGCUGGGCUCAGCCCCCCGCCGAGCUCCCAGCCCAGCACUCGCCUCCAAAGGGCUCCAGCAGCACCACGCUGGCAAAAGGGACUCAGCUGCUGAGUUAAGGAACAUCUUUUUCUGAGGAAGCGUGGGAGAAGUUCAUUCCCCCGAGAUGUAGCUGUGCCUGCGGUUAGAGCUGAGGAGGCUGGUGAUGGUGCAGGAUGGCCAAGGUCCACCCCUCUGCCACGGCAAAGGGUAUGGUCACACUCUGCUGGCAAAGUCACAGCUGCCUCCAGCAGCCUCGGAUUUCCCAAGGACAAACAGAUUUAUGUACCCCAAAAGAUGAAAAAGAUCUGACUACCAAAAUCCCCACAGGAGCAUCCCUCCUUUCCCCACCCAGAGGCACCGGGCACAACUCAAGCUGACGUCUCCCUGAAGUAUUACAAGAAUUAUCAUCCCUCAAAAUGUUUGUCCUUUUUUUUUUUUUAAAAAAAAACCAAAAACAA